AUGGCAAAGCAUUUGUUACAGCAGAAUCGCCAACCACGAACGUCCGAUCAAAAAGCACAAACUCGUAUCGCAUCAAGAUGUCAAAUUGUCGAAUAUCUCAAAGCGGGACAUAAAUGCCAAAAGGAGCUUGGAAUCGAGAAACGAACUGCUGAUCGAAUCGUCAAAGGCAACCCGGUUCAACCAACUGAGGAAAAUCAAUGUUAUGUCAAAUGUUUGUACCAAACCUUCGGAAUUAUCGACGAAGAAGGCGAUUUCUUGCCAGACGUGGCACGCUUAAAGGUUCCCAAGCCCCUCGGUAGAUUCAAGGAUCUCGCCAACGAUUGGGUCGACGAAUGCCAGUACGAGGAAGGCGAAGAUAUGUGCGAAAAAGCUUACAACAUUUGGCAUUGCUUCGUGCGACUAAAGACCAAAAAUCAACAAGAAAUCAUCAAGAAAUUAACAAAUUCACAUUUGUUGUGA